UGUACAGUAGUAGGUCCGCCUUUGCAGGCUCGCUAUUUUCCGCGCUGUCACUUUCCUCCCGAUCGCACCGUAGAGCCUUUCGCCCAGGAAUGAGAAUGUCGAGCCUCCGUCCUUCCCCUCACCCCACCAUGGCGGCGAUGCUUUCCGCUCAGCAGCUUGCCUCGUCGCUCACAUUGCAGGCCCACCCCGCAUCCGUCGCAGCACCCCGCUGUGCGACGCUGAGAGCAACCGCCCAACCGCAGCUGCGAUCGUCGUUGGUCAGCAGCGGCACGUCCACCGCGUUCGCCGAGUCGUCGUGCCUCUUUGGCCGCAAGGUGGAGAGCCGGGGGCAGCGCGCGGCAGCCAGAGGUGGCGCGGGGCGGCUGGUGGUACGCGCGGCGGUGUUCGACCAGCUGAGCACGAGCCUGGAGCAGGCGUGGACCAAGCUGCGCUCGCAAGACAAACUGACGCGCGACAACAUCAAGGAGCCCAUGCGAGACAUUCGCCGCGCGCUGCUCGAGGCCGACGUGAGUCUACCGGUGGUGCGGCGGUUUGUGCGCGAGGUGACGGAGAAGGCGGUGGGCGUGGACGUGAUCCGCGGGGUGCGGCCGGACCAGCAGCUCGUCAAGGUGGUCAACGACGAGCUCGUCGCGCUCAUGGGCGGCAAUGUCGCGGAGAUCGCUUACGCGCCCCCCGGGCAGGGCCCCACGGUGGUGCUCAUGGCGGGGCUGCAGGGCGUGGGCAAGACCACCGCGUGCGGCAAGCUGGCGCUCUUCCUCAAGAAGAAGGGCAAGUCGUGCAUGCUGGUGGCCACUGACGUCUACCGCCCUGCCGCCAUCGAGCAGCUGCAGACGCUGGGCCGGCAGGUGGACGUGCCAGUGUACGCCACGGGCACGGACGUGCGGCCGGUGGACAUUGCCAGGCAGGGAGUGGCGGCAGCCAAGAAGGCAGGCGUCGACGUGGUCAUUGUGGACACAGCGGGUCGCCUGCAGAUCGACCGCGGCAUGAUGGAGGAGCUGCGCUCCAUUAAAGGAGCCGUCAGCCCCACCGAGGUGCUGCUCGUCGUCGACGCCAUGACCGGCCAGGAGGCUGCUAGUCUGGUGGCGGCGUUCAAUGCGGAGGUGAGCAUCACGGGCGCCAUCCUCACCAAGAUUGACGGCGACUCCAGGGGCGGCGCCGCACUCAGCGUCAAGGAGGUGUCGGGGCGGCCCAUCAAGUUUGUGGGCGAGGGCGAGGCAAUGAGCGCGCUGGAACCGUUCUACCCUGACCGCAUGGCCAGCCGCAUCCUGGGCAUGGGCGACGUGCUCUCGCUCGUCGAGAAGGCGCAGGACCUGAUGGACAAGGAGGACGAGGCGGAGCUGCGGAAGCGCAUCAUGGAGGCCAAGUUUGACUUCAACGACAUGCUGAAGCAGACGCGCAUGAUGGCCCGCAUGGGGUCCAUGGGCGGCAUGCUCAAGCUCAUCCCCGGCAUGAACAAGCUGACACCGCAGCAGGUGCGCGAGGCUGAGAAGAGUCUCAAGGUGAUGGAGUCCAUGAUCAGCUCCAUGACUGUCCAGGAGCGCGCCGACCCCGAGCUGCUUGCCAAGAGCCCGUCCCGCCGCCGCCGAAUCGCCAGAGGCUCGGGCAGAAGCCAGGAGCAGGUGAGCGCGCUGAUAUCGCAGCUGUUCCAGAUGCGCGUGCGCAUGAAGGCGGUGGCCGACAUGGUGUCCGGCAAGUCCAUGCCAAACAUCCCCGGCCUCGACACUUCUGGAGCCAAGAAGGCUGCUCCUGGCAAGGCCAAGCGGAAGAAGAGCCGAACUGGCUUCUCCCAACAGUUAGGGGACAGUGCUGCAGUAGCUGCAGGAGCGAGGGGUUUUGGAGGUCCCAAGUAGAGAACCAAGAUACCGUAGAGUAGGUACCACUGCGCUUUCAUAAAUACGUGAGGCUCCUAGAUACUAACUGAGCUGUACAUCCUUAAAACCCAACGGCAAAAUAGCAGAGGGUUUAUCAAGUUGGGACCCUUGAUCAGGGCCCUUUGUGUGCCGUGGUGUAUGUAUUGUGAAAGCUUGCUUAGGCUGCGUGCUUCAUUC